AUGAAUGACGCUAACACGAAACAGCCGCUAAAGAAGAGGUCCCUGAGCAGCUAUCUUUCAAACGUGAGCACGAGACGGGAGGAGCUGGAUAAGAUAUCUAAACAAGAGACACCCGAAGAAGAAGAUACUGCCAAUAAGCAGAGACAAAGAGAAACAUUGUCAGAAGAAGUAAAUGAUAAGUCCCAAGACACUAAUGUAUCGUUUCGCUCUCAGGGUGCAAUCGUUCAUGACGCUACCCCAGAUAACUUGGAUGCAAAGGAACUCAAAGACAUGAUCCAGGAGAAUAAUUCAAGCUCACAUGAACGAGAGGUUGGUGAGGACAGUCGUCCUAACGAUGUUCCUGAAACUAAUGGGAAAAUGAGCCAAGCAAUGCGAGCGACAAGUUUGCCGCCAUCCAAUGUACGUAAUGUCGAUAUUGAAAACCACCAACCUUUUUCGAGAGACCAACUUCGAGCGAUGUUAAAAGAACCAAAAAGGAAAACUGUUGAUGAUUUCAUAGAGGAAGAGGGUUUGGGAGCCGUUGAAGAAGAGGAUUUGAGCGAUGAGGUACUUGAAAAAAAUACAACAGAACCUGACAAUGAGAAAAGAGAUGUAGAGUAUAGCGACUCAGAUAAGGACACAGACGAUGUGGGAAGUGAUGAUCCUACGGCCCCCAAUUCACCGAUCAAAUUAGGUCGUCGCAAGCUGGUUAGGGGUGAUCAACUCGAUGCAACCACAAACUCCAUGUUUAAUAACGAAUCAGAUUCCGAAUUAUCAGAUAUCGAUGAUAGCAAGAAUAUUGCGAUAUCCAGUAGCUUAUUUAGGGCCGGUUCUUCUCCCGUGAAAGAGACCAACACCAAUCUUCUGAAUAUGAAUUCAUCACCGGCGCAGAAUGCCAAUCGGGGUUCCGUCUCUAAGACCAAUGACAAUAACAAGAGUUCUCAUAUAGCUGUUUCUAAACGUCCAAAACAGAAGAAGGGUAUUUAUAGGGAUUCUGGUGGUAGAACAAGACUACAAAUUGCCUGUGACAAGGGUAAAUACGAUGUGGUCAAAAAUAUGAUUGAGGAAGGAGGUUACGAUAUUAAUGACCAGGACAAUGCUGGUAAUACAGCGUUGCAUGAAGCGGCAUUGCAAGGUCAUAUCGAUAUUGUGGAACUGCUCAUAGAAAAUGGUGCGGAUGUAAACAUUAAAUCUAUUGAGAUGUUCGGCGAUACCCCAUUGAUCGAUGCCUCCGCCAACGGCCACUUAGAUGUUGUCAAAUAUCUUCUUAAAAACGGUGCGGACCCGACUAUACGUAAUGCUAAAGGAUUAACUGCCUUCGAAUCUGUUGAUGAUGAAUCUGAAUUUGACGAUGAAGAAGACCAGAAGAUUUUACGUGAAAUAAAAAAAAGGUUAAGUAUAGCGGCCAAAGAAUGGACUAAUGGUACGAGCAUCCAUAAUGACAAUUCUAAAAAUGGAGAUAAUACUCACACAACGGAUCGAACACUUUAUGACAAUACCACAAAAACCGAAAACGAAAAAGCGGCCGAAUCUCCUGUAAUAGUCUCUACUAUUGAAGAGAAAGCUCCGGAAGAGGAGUUUUAUUGGACGGAUGUUACUUCUAGAGCAGGAAAAGAAAAGUUAUUCAAAGCUUCAAAGGAGGGUCAUUUACCAUAUGUUGGCACAUACGUAGAAAAUGGUGGUAAGAUAGACUUAAGGUCAUUUUUUGAAAGUGUUAAAUGUGGCCAUGAAGAUAUUACAAGUAUUUUUCUGGCGUUCGGAUUUCCGGUCAAUCAAACGUCAAGGGACAAUAAAACGUCUGCUUUAAUGGUAGCAGUCGGUCGUGGCCACCUUGGAACUGUUAAACUGCUGUUAGAAGCGGGAGCAGAUCCGACGAAAAGGGAUAAAAAAGGACGCAGCGCUUUGUACUAUGCCAAAAACAGCAUAAUGGGAAUAACAAACAGCGAAGAGAUCCAAUUGAUUGAAAAUGCCAUGAUUAGUCACUCGAAAAAGCACCCUAAGAUUAAUAAUGAUGAUGAUGACGACGACGAUAAUGAUAAUGACGAUGUAACAUAUAAACAUGAAAAAAGGAGAGAGAAGACUCCAUCGCCCAUGCCAACAAGCCAGAGAAGUACCAGCCCUAAGAUUGAAGACGAAGAGCAUGAUACGAUAAUGCCUGAUGUUGCAGACAAUGACAUUAGCAACGACCAUAAUGUCAAGAACUUUAUAACUUCCGAUUCGCGUAAAAGAUCGGAAGAUAAUGAGAAUGUUGGUAUCCAAUAUCCACUCGACUGGAAAAAACGUAAAACAAUUGCUUUGCAAGAUGAAGAAAAAUCGAAAAGUGUUUCACCACUCUCCAUGGAAUCUCACUCUCCUAGGAAAGUAAAGUCUGUAGAGGUAAGUAAAAUUCAUGAAGAAACGGUUGCUGAAAGAGAAGCAAGACUCAAGGAAGAAGAGGAGUACAGAAAGAAAAGACUAGAAAAGAAAAGAAAGAAAGAACAGGAACUACUACAGAAGUUGGCCGAAGAUGAGAAGAAAAGGAUCGAAGAACAGCAGAAGCAGAAAAUCUUAGAAAUGGAAAGAUUGGAAAAAGCUACUUUAGAGAAAGCAAAACAAAUGGAAAGGGAAAAAGAAAUGGAAGAAGUUUCUUAUAGACGAGCCGUAAGAGACUUAUAUCCGUUAGGACUUAAGAUUAUUAAUUUCAACGAUAAACUCGAUUAUAGAAGAUUUUUGCCGCUUUACUAUUUCGUAGAUGAAAAAAACAAUAAACUCGUGCUCGAUUUGCAAGUGAUAAUAUUGUUGAAAGACAUGGAUUUGCUCUCAAAGGACAAUCGAUCGACAUCUGAGAAGUUUCCCGUUGAUCCGACACAUCUGGCCCCACUGUGGAAUAUGUUGAAAUUCAUUUUUUUGUAUGGAGGUAGUUAUGAUGAUGACAAGAAUAGUAUGAACAACAAAAGAUUUGUAGUAAAUUUUGACGGUGUCGAUUUGGACACGAAGAUUGGAUAUGAACUUUUGGAAUACAAAAAAUUUAUAAGUCUGCCCAUGUCAUGGAUUAAAUGGGAUAAUGUUGUUAUUGAGGACUCUGCCAAAAGAAAGGAAAUUGAAGAAAGCAUGAUUCAAAUAUCCAUAGACGAAUUUACAAAGUCGAGAAACGAUAAACUCAACAACGCGCAACAACCGACGCGCAAAAGGCGUUGUCUGAAAAUACCUCGAGAGUUGCCUGUUAAAUUUCAGCACCGUGUGAGCAUAUCCUCCAUUCUCCAGCAGACAUCUAAAGAGCCAUUUUGGUAA